CUGCUUUGCGGCGGAUAUCUGUGGCUCACAGGCAAAGCAUUGCUCGAAUAGUUGCAUUAGAAAAGAGCUGCUAUCAUAUACGACCACUGCAGCAACUCGUGUGCAGCGCGGUAGCCUACAAGAGGCAAACAAGCCACUGCAAUAUCUGUAGUAGCAGUCGCAUCACUGCCGCAGCGAUCAAAUGAUGCGUCACGCACUGCUGCUGCUCGGCGCCACGCAAGCCUUCGUGCUGCCCGUGCAGUCCAAGCCGUCACGCGUCGCGCUCAACGUUGCAACCACACCGAUCGAAGGGAUGCGCCCUGGAACCUCGGGACUGAGAAAGAGGACCAAGGUCUGGGAGACGACGGAACAUUACGUGGAGAACUUCGCGCAGUCCAUCGUCGAGGGCUGGCGCGACGUCGGCGGCUUUCCCGCGAGUGGUAGUGGUACCAUGGUCGUCGGAGGAGACGGCCGCUACUUCAACAAAGAAGCGAUCCAGACCUUCCUCAAAGUCUUAGCGGGGAACGGCGUUAAAACGAUAGUGGUGCCGGUGCACGGCGUCGUCAGCACGCCCGGAGCAUCGGCGUUGGUACGACGUAAUAAAGCGGAUGGCGCGAUCCUCAUGACGGCGUCGCACAACCCCGGCGGGCCCGACGCCGACUUUGGCGUCAAGUUCAACACGGGCCCCGACGGCGCCCCUGCUAAAGAAUUUUUGACCGAAGCGGUGUAUGAGAAAUCUACAUCCAUCAGUUCCUAUAAUAUGGUGGAUGGUACCGUAGACAUCACGACGGUCGGUACCUAUACGCUAGGAGACAGCACAGUUCAGGUAAUAGACGCCUUAGAUGACUACGUGGCGCAACUCCAGGAAUGUUUCGACUUCGAGAAAUUACGAAACUUCAUAAAAAAGAAGCCCUCACUGUUAUUCGAUGCGAUGCACGGCGCCGCGGGCCCGGCCGCUCUCAGAGUCAUGUGCCAAGAAUUAGGCGUACCCAAAUCCCAACUCUAUAGAUGCGACCCGCGCCCGGACUUCGGGGGCUGUCACCCGGACCCAAAUCUCAAGUGGGCCUCGGAGUUGGUGCGGCGAGCGUCGCUCAAUGAAGAUGGUUCACCGGGCGACUCCCUAGGGGAAGAAUUGGCGUUAGGCGUGGCGUUCGACGGUGACGGAGAUAGGAACAUGAUCGUCGGCCACCGUUUUUUCGCUUCUCCUUCUGAUUCGUUGGCCGUGUUGGCGGCGCAGGCGAAGUCCAUCAAGUGGUUUAAGGAUCGAGGUGGUUUAGCUGCAUGCGCUAGGUCGAUGCCUACGUCACGUGCUCUCGAUCGCGUCGCAGAAAAACAGUCCAUCGAAUGCUACGAGACGCCAACCGGCUGGAAGUUCUUCGGCAACUUGAUGGAAUUGAAACAACCCUUUCUGUGUGGAGAAGAGUCGUUCGGCACGGGGGCCGACCAUGUGAGGGAAAAAGAUGGCUUGUGGGCGGCGCUAGCGUGGUUGUCGGUGUUAGCUGACAAUGAAGGCAUGAGCGUGGGCGAUGUGGUGAAGCAACACUGGAAGGAGUACGGCCGCGACUUGUAUUGCAGGCACGACUACGAGGAGGUCGCGUCCGAGGGCGCGCAGGCGAUGAUGGCGCAUCUGGGUUCGCUGAUCGGUUCUGAUGUUUUGCCCGAUCCCGACCUCGAAUCGGUGUCGUCCUUUUCGUACGUGGACCCCCUGGACUCCUCAUCGACGGAGAACCAGGGCAUGAUCCUCGCCUUUGCCGGCGGCGGGCGUUGCGUCUUCCGACUGUCCGGGACCGGAAGUGCAGGAGCGACGGUGCGCGUCUACAUCGAACGGCCCCUGGCGAACCCGUCGGACGCCGAUUUAGAUUUGGUCGCGUCCGAGGCCCUCGAGGCCCUCGCCGAUAAAGGCAAGGCCGUCGCGAGGCUCCACGCGUUCGUCGACCGCGAGGGGCCGAGCGUGAUCACGUAGUGUGGCGCAGCGACGUUUUAA